AAUGAAAGAGGCUUCAUGCCUAAAUAUUUUUCAGCGGCAGAAUGGGAAAAACAUGCGGAACAAUCACUGAAUAAUAUUCUGAAUAGAGUCCCCGUAAAGCAAAGAGCCAAGAACAUCGUUUUAUUUAUCGGCGAUGGCAUGGGGUUGCCAACGAUAGCAGCUGCUCGAAUCCUUAAGGGCCAGCUGAAAGGAAAAUAUGAAAUUCCUUUGGCUUUUGAAAAUUUCCCAUAUACAGCUUUAAGCAAGACCCAUUCGGCUGACCGUCAAGUUGCUGAUUCCGCUUCGACUGCAACUGCCUAUUUAGGGGGCGUCAAAACCAAUUUCGGGAUGUCAGGAAUGGCUGCCCCUUAUCCAUUUGGCAAAUGUAGCAAUGACAGUGAAUAUGAAAAGAACAAAGUGGAUUCCAUUCUGACGUUGGCACACAAAGCUGGUAAAUCGACAGGUAUUGUGACGACAUGUCGACUUACGCAUGCGUCUCCUUCGGCAUGUUAUGCUCACACAGCAGACAGAGACUGGGAGUCAGAUUCCGACAUGGUCGGUGUUAAAGGCGGAUGUUCUGAUAUUGCUAAACAACUUAUCGAUGACAAUAAAUAUAUACAGGUGUUGAUGGGUGGUGGAAGGUAUAAAUUCUUGCCACACAAUUUCACGGAUCCAGAAAAAAAAGAGCGCAUCACUUCUGGCCGCUUGGACAAACGGAAUUUACCUGAGGAAUGGGAGAAAGAUAAAAAAGACAAAAACUUGAAAUACAAAUACAUCUGGAAUAAGGGUCAGUUUGAUACAAUCGAUCCCGCAACAACAGACUAUGUACUCGGUCUGUUUGAACCAAGCCACAUGCAAUAUGAUCUGGACCGUGACACGUCGGCAGAUGGUGAACCUUCACUGGCUGAAAUGGUUGAGAAGGCCAUUAAAAUUCUCAAGAGAAACAAGGACGGCUUUUUCUUAUUUGUUGAAGGCGGCAAAAUUGACUCAGCUCACCACGAUAUUUUGGCAAAGAAAGCUUUAUACGAAACACUGGGUCUCGAUAAAGCUGUGGAAACAGCUUUGAAGCUGGUUGAUUUGAAGGAUACCUUAGUUAUAGCCACAGCUGACCAUUCCAUCUCAUUUGCAACCUUAGGAUAUGGCACCCGAAAUAACUCCAUUUUAGGUUUGGUGGACAGAAUUGCCUGGGGAGGAGCAAGUGAUAAUAUGCCAUACGCCAGUUUGGUUUAUUCUUCUGGUCCCAACCACCCAGGUGGCCGUCAAAAUUUGACUAAUGUUGCAACAGAUGGUGAUAACUAUUUACCCCAGGUUGGUGUACCAUUGAACUACAGCAGCCAUACAGGAGAAGAUGUGGCUAUUUAUAGUAUCGGACCAUGGGCGCACCUCUUUCAAGGCUCCAUGGAACAAACAAACAUCCAUCAUUUCAUAGCCUUCGCUGCUUGCCUCGGCAAUUAUGACUAUGCUAUAAAGGGAGGAAAUUGCAAUUCCCAAAGUGGAAACGCUGCCACUCCCCUGCUUCCCAAGCAACUUAUUUUUUGGGUGGCACUAAUUGCUCUCUUUAAUUUGUUUGACACCUUUGAACGGCUUGGAUGAAUUCAUUGAAGCCAUUCCCAUCGUCAGUGUCAAUCUAUACCAUUGCAUAACGUACAUUUGAAUGUGUGAAAGGAUGCGAGAAUGACUAAGUGUAUAUGUAUACGUACAUAUGUGUAUGUGUGUGUGUAUGUAAUAUUCACACGUUUUGUACUCUCUCUCUCUCUAUCUAUCUUGUAUAACAUAUCCAUGUGUAAGGCGUAAAGCUUAAUGACUCCAAUAUCAUGCCUUGUCCCAAUGGCUUUGUUUAAUCUAAGCAAUGCGUAAAGUGUUAAUCAACUCAUAAUAUAUACCGUGCAUGUAUGUGUUUAGUGUUUAGGUGUAAGCAUAACAUGUUCUGUGGUGGAAUAAUAAUAAUAAUAAUAAUAAUAACAACAACAACAGUUUCUUUGCCCUGAGUGGUUCUCUCCCCUUGAGGGAAAUUUCUCCCUCCCUUCUAUUUCUUAGCAAACUCUUUCUCUUUCCGCCUCUUACUCUGAAAGCAACUGUAGAUGGCAGCACCAACAGUUGCCAGUCAAAUUCAAUCAUUAUAAUAUUUCCCAGGUAAUCAGCCAAUGUGGCUCAACCCUUUUGACACCAACCCACCUGAGACCGUCCUAGGUUCUAUGACAUAACCUUACUGUUUUCAAGUGGUCUAAAUUAUAAACUUCCUUCAAUAUUUUAUGUUAAUUUGUUCCAGACCCCAGAUUAAUAAUGAGAAAGUUAUUUUACUAAAUUCUUUAUUAUUUUGAAAAUCAAUUGAAAACAAAAAAACUGCAGCAUAUGUUGAAAGAAAUAUGGUAACAAAAGGGUUAAUAACAAACAAAAAAAAAACACAUUCAAAGCAGACGUGAAGCACAACGUUUUUAAGUGAAGCAAAGGUGUAAACAGAAUAUUUAUGCUUCCUUCGACACUGACGUUUAUUAUAAGUCAGGCAAAACCUGUAUCACAGCUGAGACUUGAAACCAGAUAUCAGUCUCAGUUUGAAAGGAGCUUCUUAUAUACGUCCAAUGGUGACCACCUGUGUUGAAUUUCAUCCCAGUCUUAAUUUCUGUAAUAAUUUUAGUUAACAAAGUAACGUGUGUCUAUAUGUGUGUAAUUACAUCUCAAAAGGGUCGUUAAUAUAUAAAUUAUGCACGCUCGUUUUGAUAAAAGUUUUUUCUCAAAAUUUUAUAAUAAAAUAAAAUGUUUUGUUUUCUGCUUAUUUUUUUUUUUUUACUUGACAUUAAAAAUUAAGAUUUUUAGCAUUUAUGUAAAACAAUGACAGCUAAUGUGUAACACUGAAAUAAAAUUAAAUCAUUUAAUUAUA